UCGAGAGCAACAGUCUGCUCUGCGACAGCGUAUGAAAAACGCACUACAGGUGUCUCUUUCUCACAAUCCGGACCAGGAGGAGGACAAAGGCUGAUUUCUCUCAGAAUUUAUUCAAGGUCCAAGCUCAUGGAUAUGGCCUAGUGCCUAGAGAUGGAGAUCAGACCUGCUACUCAUUUGGGGCCUUAACAUUGGACUUACACAGAUUGAAGGUGAUAAGUAAACACCAAAGACGUUGUUAAUGUGACGAAAGGAGAAAGGAAAUCAUGGCUGACAAACCUGAACAGUCACCCAAGAAAUGGACAGAAUCUCAAGUAAGCACCUGGCUAAGAUCCAUUGGAGUGAAGGAGCAGUAUGUAGAAAAGCUCUGUGAGGAAGAAGUAGAUGGACAAAUCCUUCUUACGCUGGAUGAGGACUUUUUGAAGGCAAAGAUUUGCAUGAAAUCAGGGCCUGCUCAUUUGAUUAUUAAAAAGAGAGAUGAGCUGCUCAACUCCCAGCAAAAAUCACAGGAGAAGAAAAAGCCCUCCAGUGGCAAAAAAACUGAGCUGGAGCAGAAAAACAAUCAAAACUCAGUUCAGUGUCCUACAACAAGAGAAGAUCCUUCAGCACAAGUUCCUGUGAGAGAUGAAGGUGUCUUAGAGGAGAGACAAACUGCUCAGAAACAGUCCAUGUCCAAGGCAGACUGUAAACCACGACCAUUUGAUCAAGAAGGGAUUGAUCACAUAUAUGUAAAGCACACAGUCCUGCUACCUGAAUCGGGUGCUUUUAAUUUGAUCUCCCCAUGCCAUGAAUAUAAGUCUUUUGCUGUAGCUGCUGCAUUGGAUCGCACAAGACUCCAAGCUAAGUUUGCCAAAGAGGUUCUUAAAUUUGCGACUGGCUGCAUGAAUAUCAGAUCGAAUGGCACAAUACACUUUGGUGUGAUGGACAGCAAGGAGGAUGCAGGAUACGUGCAUGGUGAGGUAAUUGGCAUCCCUGUGAAAGAGAAGGACAUUUAUGUAGAUGCUUUGGACCACAUUGAAAGGAGUUUCUCCUUGGACAAGGAGCAUGUACGCCUGUGUGUGCGGCCACCAAGGUUCAUCGAAGUAAUGGAUCGAGAAAGUACAGAGAAGAUGUAUGUGGUAGAGGUUGACAUUGUACCUUUAAUCAGUAUUGUUAGGGGCAAGGUGUAUACAGUUCGUCUGCCAAACUUCAAAGAGUCAGCUAACAAAGUGGAAUUUGAGAAGGAAGUGGUUCUGCGGAGGGUGGGUUCAAAAACCGAGCCAGUGAGUGAGAAAGACCUAAGUGAUUUCUGUCAGCGAGUUAGGGAUCGGGAUGCUCAAAGAGAAGAAGCAGAGAAAAAUCAGUUCCUCUACGCUCCAGAGUUCUGCCAAGACCUCGGAAGGAAACUCACAAUGCUAACAAGUAAUGGGAAGAAAUUCAUUGAAAAGGAGAAAUGGUUCAUACUCGUGACAAACAAAUUCAAACCUGACGAUCUUUGCAACAUUGACUGGCUGCUUAACAUGAACGUUUUCUGUGUGUUUGACUUUGACCCAGAAUCAAAGAUUUCAGGUCUUUGCAGUAAAUACCUUCAGCAUCAUGCUGCAAACAUGCAUUCUCUGCAGAGCUACAGGAUAUCCAGUGACACAAGCAUCAAAGAAUUCACAAACAACUUGCAUCUCUUUGAGCAAACUAGCUGGAUCUUUUGUAAUGGCCGUUCUGAGUUCAAAGGAAAUGAAACUCCAUGUGAUGAAAUGACUUGGAUCAAGACAAAAAUGACCUUCUUGAGAGAAUGUGUGUCAUUGAUUUGUAAACAAAUCUUGCCAAAAGGGGCGUUCCAGGUCAUGUUCCUUCUCACAUCACAAGUGGAGAAACCACUCUUACACACCUUUUAUGAGUUUUUCACAGACAUGGAAGGCCAUGAAGACAUCAUCUGCAUCUGUGAAUCACAGGAAAACUUCCAGAAAUGGCAAAGCUUUGCAGAGGGAUCAUGUGGAACAGAAACCGUGAACAAUUUCAGUGUUGUUGGGAUGAAAAUGAGUCAUGUUAAUGCAACUCUGCAGACAAUACAAUCUGUAAAAGCCAGUGCCAGCAAACACUUGCCAGUCUUUGUGAAAGGCAUAUGUCUUCUUGAAACAAACAAAGAGGAACAGAUGGGUUCUCUAGAAAUUCUGACAGUCAAUCACUGUGAUGAAACAAGCGAAGACUUCAUUGAUGAGAAGAAAGCAAACAUUGAACAGCAGUUCUACUGUGGUGGGAGAGUGACCUGGUUGAAUUUCUGGCUUGGUGAGCGCAAGCAUGUUGGAGAGGUAAUUGAACGAGAUGCUUAUCAUGAUGUUUCCAAACUUCUCAAAGAUGUUUUGAAAUAUAAUCCAGAUCAGCCUCCAGUGACUAAUAUAAUCAUAUACCAUCAUCCAGGAAGUGGUGGAAGUACUGUGGCAAGACAAGUGUUGUGGAAUAACAGGAAAGAUCUAAGGUGUGCUGUUGUGAAGCCCUCAUACUCAGCUUCUGUUGUUGCGCAACAUGCAGUUGACCUAAGAGAAUAUGAAGAAAAAGAUCCACAGAGUUGUCUUCCUGUGCUGUUACUCAUUGAAGACUCAGACAAAGAAUAUCUGGAUGAUCUCAAGAAUGAACUGGAGGUUGCAAUUAACAGCAAAAGAGUCCAAUAUGGAACACUAUGUUUCAUUUUGUUGAGCUGUAGACGAUCCCAUGAUCCAGAGAGCAGAUGCAAGGAGUUUUCUUUACAGAAUGUGGCUGUCACUCACCAACUAUCUGCAGUAGAGAAGAGAAAGUUUGCUGGAAAACGAAAGGUACUUGAGAAACGAUAUGAGCCUAAAUUUAUGAUGACAUUUGUUUUGAUGACCGAAGGAUUCGAUGAGGGUUAUGUCCAACAGUUUGUGGAACAUUUGCUCCAAGAUAUUGACCAUCAUUCUGUUGUCACUCGCCUCAUUCACUAUGUAGCACUGCUGAACACUUAUGUUCAAAACUCUUUCAUCUCUCGGUCUCACUGCGAGGCUUUGCUAGAUUUAACCAUGCGCCUUGAAAGGUUUCGCCAGCAUGAGUUUGAGAGAUCACUCAGUGAUCAGGCUAAACUAGUCUUCUUGCACCUCAGAGAUGACAAGACCUACAUUGAAUCAAUCAGAAUCAUCCACCCACUCGUUGCAAAGGAAAUUCUCCACCAACUUCUUGGAAACCAACAGACCCAGAGCAGUUUGGCAAUGAAGAUGCUCUGUGAGGAUGUGCUUUUUGAGCACAGAUUUGGAAGGGAGGAAUAUCUGUCAUUCUUGAGAGCACUAUUCAUUAGGCGAUCCAGAAUAAGCAAAGGGGAUGAAUAUGAUAGUUUUUUCUCUCCUCUGAUUGAGCAUGUGUGUGGAAAUGAGAAAAGCCCAGACAACGCAAUUGAGUUACUCAAGGAAGCGUUCGAGCAUUUCCAUAAAGAUCCAUUCUUUGCACAACAACUUGCUCGUCUUCAUUAUACUUAUGAAAAGUUUGAAGAGGCAAAAAACUGGGCAGAGACAGCAGCUAAACAGCUGCCCAACCACUCAUACAUACUCGACACAAAAGGGCAGGUGUACAGAAAAUGGUUCCAAGCAAAAUGCAAAGCCAUUGAAGAUGGGAAAAUACCAAAAACAGCCCAAACUACAGCAGAUGCCGUGGAGACUGCGCUGAAAGCCAUUGAGUGUUUCAAAGAAUGUGAGAGAGCAGCUGAGGCAGAAAAAGAAAACAUGAACAGUUCAGGAUUUUUUUCUGAAGUUGAAGUUGGAUGCAGCCUGCUCAAACUGAUCUCUUCAUUGUUUGCAAACAGAACCAAUGGCCAUUUAGAAUGCGUGAAAUACCUGUCAACAGAUUACAUUCCAGAGGAAGUUCAAGAUGCUUGGGAACCAUUUCAUGGUCGUUUGAAAAAUCUUCACAAGACAUUGCAAGAUGCCUUGGAAUGGAUUUCAGAAGACCUCAGUUACUUCCAGACAGACAUCGAUGCAGAUGAAGAAGAGAUUCCUCAAAGUCCUGAAGAGAGCCUGAGCCAUCCUCUGAAAUGGUUGGCAAAAAGAUCUGCCGACUUUGGGAAGUACUUCAGUGAAGCUUAUUUGAAUGCACUAUCACAGCCUGGGCAAUCAAUCCCAACCAAUCUAACUCCUUUUCAAAAACGCAUGAUCAUCUGUCAUCUUGGUGGGGGAAAUGUAAUAUCCAUCCUCUCAAAGCUAACAGACCAGAGAAAUGCCGUACGUCUUCUAGAGAGCAUCCUUUCUCUCUACCCCAGCAAUCCAAUAAAGGCAAAAUUUGGCCAGAGGGAUAUUGUAAAUUACAUAGUGGCCCACAUUACUCUGAACUGCUUGUCACCACAGGCUCCAAAGAUUGCUUCCCUUAAAGAUCUACAGGCACUUUGUUUUCAGUUCCCAGCUGAUAAAAAGAAAUGCUUACCAAGUGCCCUGUUCUUACUUACCUUGCUAUUCUGGCCAGAGGAUAAUGACACAGACCAUGAGAAAGAAGGCAAAUAUGAAAUUGUUCAGUCAGCUGUUGAACACAUGGAAAAAAGCUACUGGGCCAAGAUCAAGGACAUUCCUCAGCGAAAGAGAAGACUUUACACCCAUUUUUUUCUGGGCAGUGGGAAUGGAUUGGAUAAAUUUGUCCACAAGAAAAAGUUUGAAAAGGUCAUAAAGGUGUUCUCAGUCUCUGAGAGACGCAUGAAGUGGUUCAGUGGUGAGGCGUGGAAAAAGCCUGACAUUGCCAUGAUGUUGAAAAGUGUCUCUGGAUGGACUGAAGAUGGAGUUGUGUACCUUGAGGGCCCUCAGAAAAAGAAGUUCAGUAUACUGCCUCUUCAUGUACCUUCAGUGCCUCAUAGUAAUGAAAAUAUCACCUUCUACCUGGGGUUCUCCUUCAGAGGCCCAGUUGCCUACAACAUUGUUGUUAGAAAAUAGUUUGUCUUUGAACAAUGGUCCUGUCACUUGCUGAAGUAUGUGCCCAGUAUCCACAACAUCGACAGGAGCAAGAAAAUAUGAUCAGUUCAAAACACACAAGCCCUCCUUUGCCAGAUUAUUAAGCAGGCAAUAUUUGUAAAAGAUGUGACUAAUAAUGUUUUAACACAUGGUGUGGUCUUUGCAUUGUUUUGUAAAAUAUGAGAUGGUUUGAUAUCUACAUUCUGUUGUACUUCAGAAUCAGAAUUUGCCACUCAAUAGAAUCUUUUAGCUCUCUGUUUAGUUCAGUGUCUAGAGCCUUGUUAUUUUUAAUUGUAUUUUCAGUUCAGAUGGACUGCGGGUCACACUUGGCAUAAAGCUUACACUCACUCUUCUGUGUUUUCCUGGAUACUAUGUAUAAAAAAAGGAAAUUAUAUGCAGCUACUUAUCAAAGAACAAAAUCAUUUUCCUUUCAAUUGUAUCAGUUUUUUUUUAUUGUGUUAAGAGCUAAAGAGAAAAAUUAUGUACAAAAAAAAUAAAUAUGUACAGUUGGAGAAGAAUUAUAUUAUAUUAUAUAUAUAUUGAUAUGCAAAAGAAAAAUGUUAAGGAAAGUACUUGUAAAGAUAUUGAAUAUGUUUUACACAAGCUAUGGAAAUCUACUAGCUUUCAACAUGAAACUGCAAAUAAAGCAAGUUGGAGUACUGCACAUAUCAUACUUUAAAUAUAUAAUGAUAACAUUUGACUAUGUAAAAUGUGUCAUUGAAUACAAUAAAACUUGACCAAAAC